AUGAAGGACCGCUGUGGUGACACCAUCAAGCUCUCCAUCUCCCAUGUUCCACGGUGGCACCAACAUCCCCAGUCUUGGGAGUAUCCUUGGGAGUAUCCUUCAUCCACCAGGAGCUCACUUGCUACUUCCUCUUUCUUCCCUACAGAUGCCACAGCCAAAGAUCCACCCAAGUUCAAGCUGGCCACUCCUUCAGAUGCCACCAUCAGCCUGGUGAACGGCAGGAGCCGCUGCGAGGGUCGCGUGGAGAUUUCCCACUCUGGGGGCCGGGGCACUGUCUGUGACGAUGGCUGGGACCUGAGAGAUGCCCAGGUGGUGUGCAGGCAGCUGGGAUGUGGAGCUGCUGUUUCUGCAACAUCAGGGGCCUCUUUUGGACAAGGCAGUGGCAGCAUCUACCUGGACUAUGUGAGCUGUGCAGGCUGGGAGUCAUCCAUCUUCCAGUGCAGCCACCGUGGCUGGGGCGUCCACAUGUGUGACCACAGAAAAGAUGCUGGUGUUGUGUGCUCAGGUGCCACCAUCAGCCUGGUGAACGGCAGGAGCCGCUGCGAGGGUCGCGUGGAGAUUUCCCACUCUGGGGGCCGGGGCACUGUCUGUGACGAUGGCUGGGACCUGAGAGAUGCCCAGGUGGUGUGCAGGCAGCUGGGAUGUGGAGCUGCUGUUUCUGCAACAUCAGGGGCCUCCUUUGGACAAGGCAGUGGCAGCAUCUACCUGGAUGAUGUGAACUGCACAGGAUGGGAGUUGUCUCUUUUCCAGUGUAGCCACCGUGGCUGGGGUGUCCACAAUUGUGGCCACCGUGAAGAUGCAGGUGUUGUGUGCUCAGGAUCUGUAUCUCCUUCUUUCCCAGAUGCCUCCACCAUCAGCCUGGUGAACGGCAGGAGCCGCUGCGAGGGUCGCGUGGAGAUUUCCCACUCUGGGGGCCGGGGCACUGUCUGUGACGAUGGCUGGGACCUGAGAGAUGCCCAGGUGGUGUGCAGGCAGCUGGGAUGUGGAGCUGCUGUUUCUGCAACAUCAGGGGCCUCCUUUGGACAAGGCAGUGGCAGCAUCUACCUGGAUGAUGUGAACUGCACAGGGUUGGAGUCGUCCCUCUUAAAGUGCGGCCACAACGGCUGGGGUGUCCACAAGUGUGGCCACAAUGAAGAUGCUGGUGUUGUGUGCUCAGAUGCCCUCUCUCCCAAAGCUCCCUACGUCCAUCUGGUGAACGGAAGGCACCGGUGUGAAGGCCGUGUUGAGAUCUACUACCGGGGACGGUCGGGGACAGUGUGCGAUGACUUCUGGGACCUCGCUGACGCCCAGGUUGUGUGCAGGCAGCUGGGCUGUGGCAGGGCCAUCGCAGCUCUGGGAAGUGCCUACUUUGGGCAGGGCUCAGGUGAUAUUGUGCUGGACAACGUGAGGUGCAGAGGAAAUGAGGCGUCCUUGCUGCGCUGCAACCACACGGGGUGGAGGAUCCACAACUGUGCCCACUAUGAAGAUGCUUCUGUUGUCUGUUCAGAGGAGUCUGAGUCAAAACAAGCAGAGCCAACACCAACAUACACAGCACUGGAGACAACCUCCACAGCAUCAACAGUCUUCACAGAGGAGAUGGCCACAACUGGAUUAACAACCAACACAGAGGAGGAGACAAGCUCAUUGCAGACAACGGCCAUGGUGCAAUCAUCCCCCAGAGCAGAGGAAUCCUUCCUAGUGGACAUGGCCACCACAGUGCCAAUGACAACCCUAGCAGUCACACCCAACCCAUGGCAAACAACCAUGAGAGAGAUGUCUGCUUUACCAGAGACAGAAAUGCCAUCCUCUGCCCUACCACUGCUGUACUCACUGCCUGAUAUGACCACAGUGGAGGAGAGCACAUCAGCUCUGCUUUUCGUGUCCAUUGCCAUUGCACUAAUGACCUCCUUAGCAGGAACAUCCAGCCCAACAUACUCGACCAGCGCACCCACUAGCCCACCAGAGACGUCCACCUCCGCAGAGAUGUCCACCUCAACAGUGAUGCCCACCUCCACAGAGAUGUCCACCUCAGCAGUGAUGCCCACCUCUGCAGAGAUGCCCACCUCAGCAGAGAUGUCCACCUCAGCAGAGAUGUCCACCUCAACAAUGAUGCCCACCUCCACAGAGAUGUCCACCUCAGCAGAGAUGUCCACCUCAACAAUGAUGCCCACCUCCACAGAGAUGUCCACCUCAGCAGUGAUGCCCACCUCCGCAGAGAUGUCCACCUCAUCAGUGAUGCCCACCUCUGCAGAGACGUCAACCGCAGCAGAGAUGACCAGCACAAUGGCAUCCAGUGCCACAUCGGAGAUGUCCACAAUGAUAUCCAGUGCCGUGCCAGAGACGUCCAUCCCAGCAGUGACGUCCCCCCCAGCAGAGAUGUCCCCCUCACCAGAGACAACCACAGUCACAAGGAUGAAAACCUCACCAUUGUUGGGCACCCCAGAGAAAACAACUAUGAGAGCAGAGGAGAGCACACCAGGGCCCAGCGUGCGGCUGUCGGGCGGCAGGAACGGCUGCGAGGGCCGCGUGGAGCUGUACGACGGCAGCACGUGGGGCACGGUGUGUGACGACCAGUGGGACAUGAGGGAUGCCCAGGUGGUCUGUCAGCAGCUGAGCUGUGGAGAGCCCCUGGCUGCGCUGGACACUGCUCACUUUGGCCUGGGCUCCGGCCGCAUCUUCCUGGAUGACGUGCAGUGCCGCGGGGACGAGCCCUCCCUGCAGAUGUGCCGGCACAAUGGUUGGGGCAUGCACAACUGCAGGCACGUGGAGGAUGCCAGUGUCAUCUGUGCAGGGCCCAGCGUGCGGCUGUCGGGCGGCAGGAACGGCUGCGAGGGCCGCGUGGAGCUGUACAACGGCAGCACGUGGGGCACGGUGUGUGACGACCAGUGGGACAUGAGGGAUGCCCAGGUGCUGUGCCAGCAGCUGGGCUGUGGCCAGGCCCUGGAUGCCCCACGCAACGCUCGCUUUGGCCCGGGCUCCGGCCGCAUCUUCCUGGACGACGUGCAGUGCCGCGGGGACGAGCCCUCCCUGCAGAUGUGCCGGCACAACGGCUGGGGCGUGCACAACUGCGGGCACAUGGAGGAUGCCAGUGUCAUCUGUGCAGGGCCCAGCGUGCGGCUGUCGGGCGGCAGGAACGGCUGCGAGGGCCGCGUGGAGCUGUACGACGGCAGCACGUGGGGCACGGUGUGUGACGACCAGUGGGACAUGAGGGAUGCCCGGGUGCUGUGCCAGCAGCUGGGCUGUGGCCAGGCCCUGGAUGCCCCACGCAAUGCUCGCUUUGGCCCGGGCUCCGGCCGCAUCUUCCUGGACGACGUGCAGUGCCGCGGGGACGAGCCCUCCCUGCAGAUGUGCCGGCACAACGGCUGGGGCGUGCACAACUGCGGCCACGUGGAGGAUGCCAGUGUCAUCUGUGCAGGUCAGUGGCCAGCAGGGAACUCUGGCUCUUUGGCAUUUCAUUCUAACAGCGUUUGGGGUCAGGCCAGGGCAGAGCUUCCACACUCCCCACAUCGGCACCAUACUCCACAGGUAAUUCCAGUCCCCCAGCCCCCUGCCUGGCCUGGCAGCAGCCCCGUUGCAGUGGCCCAUGUGGGCAGAGCAGAGUGCUGGGCUGGUGUGAGCUCAUCCUUGUCCCCGUGCCGUGUGUCAGGGCCCAGCGUGCGGCUGUCGGGCGGCAGGAACGGCUGCGAGGGCCGCGUGGAGCUGUACGACGGCAGCACGUGGGGCACGGUGUGUGACGACCAGUGGGACAUGAGGGAUGCCCGGGUGGUCUGCCAGCAGCUGGGCUGUGGCCAGGCCAUGGGAGCCCCACGCAACGCUCGCUUUGGCCCGGGCUCCGGCCGCAUCUUCCUGGACGACGUGCAGUGCCGCGGGGACGAGCCCUCCCUGCAGAUGUGCCGGCACAACGGCUGGGGCGUGCACAACUGCGGGCACAUGGAGGAUGCCAGUGUCAUCUGUGCAGGGCCCAGCGUGCGGCUGUCGGGCGGCAGGAACGGCUGCGAGGGCCGCGUGGAGCUGUACGACGGCAGCACGUGGGGCACGGUGUGUGACGACCAGUGGGACAUGAGGGAUGCUCAGGUGCUGUGCCAGCAGCUGGGCUGUGGCCAGGCCAUGGGUGCCCCACAAAAUGCUCGCUUUGGCCCGGGCUCCGGCCGCAUCUUCCUGGACGACGUGCAGUGCCGCGGGGACGAGCCCUCCCUGCAGAUGUGCCGGCACAACGGCUGGGGCGUGCACAACUGCAGGCACAUGGAGGAUGCCAGUGUCAUCUGUGCAGGGCCCAGCGUGCGGCUGUCGGGCGGCAGGAACGGCUGCGAGGGCCGCGUGGAGCUGUACGACGGCAGCACGUGGGGCACGGUGUGUGACGACCAGUGGGACAUGAGGGAUGCCCAGGUGCUGUGCCAGCAGCUGGGCUGUGGCCAGGCCAUGGAUGCCCCACGCAACGCUCGCUUUGGCCCGGGCUCCGGCCGCAUCUUCCUGGACGACGUGCAGUGCCGCGGGGACGAGCCCUCCCUGCAGAUGUGCCGGCACAACGGCUGGGGCGUGCACAACUGCGGCCACGUGGAGGAUGCCAGUGUCAUCUGUGCAGGCACGUACAGCUCAAGUACACUUUUGCAGAGGUUACUGUAAGUAAAUUCUGUCCCCUUUCUUUCUGCAGCACCUCAUUUUUGUGGUGGCUCAGUCUCAGAUCCCUCUGGGGUGCUGCAGAGUCCCAACUACCCUGGAAAUUAUCCAAACGACGCUGACUGCGUGUGGGAAAUACAAGUGGAGAACAAUUUCCGUGUAACUCUCACAUUUAGAGAUAUUGUGAUGCAAAGCAGGACGUGCCAGCACGACUACAUUGAAGUCUAUGAUGGACCUCUCCACUCUUCCCCUCUUCUUGGGAGAUUCUGUUCUGGCUCCUUUCCCACAUACGUGUCCUCUUCAAACAUGAUGAGUGUUCGCUUCCACAGCGAUUCCAGAUCCUCCUUCAGAGGCUUUCAGGCUCACUACUCCUCCAUUCCAGCAGGUCACAACACCACCAUUCAGUGCUUGCCAGACUACAUGCACGUAGUGGUCAGCAGAGACUACCUCCAGUCCCAGGGAUACUCAGCACGGAGGGUCACCCUGAAUGACAAUCGCUGCAGACCGACAGUCACCUCCCAGGAGGUUGUAUUCAACAUCCCCUACAAUGGCUGUGGGACAAUGCAAGAGGAGAACAACGACACAAUCAACUACUCCAACACCAUCAGGGUCGCAUCUUCCGGGUACAUAAUCAAGAGGAAGAAGAACAUCAACUUGCACGUCAGCUGCAAAAUGCUGAGGAAGAGCUGGCAGCAGGUGGUGUACGCUGCUGAGGACACCGUGGAUGUGGACGAGUACCAGUUUGGGAGAUACAACAUGAACAUCACCUUCUACGAGUCCCCGGCGUUCCGGCGGCAAGUGCGCGCAUCUCCCUACUACAUCGACCUCAACCAAAACCUCUACCUGCAAGCCUGUCUGCACAGCCCAGACCCAAACCUGAAGGUGGUUGUGGACACGUGUGUGGCAGCACCUGACCCCCGUGAUUUUAACACGCUGGCCUAUUACUUAGUCAGGAAUGGGUGUCCUAGAGAUUCUUCCUAUGCAACGUACUACUCCCCUUCCAGCCACUUUGCUCGGUUCAAGUUUAACGCCUUCAAGUUCAUGAGCCGGCACCCGUCGGUGUACCUCAAGUGCCAGAUGCUGGUCUGCAGGCUCGGGGACUACUCCUCCCACUGCUACAGGAGCUGCAGCUCCAGGUCCAAGAGGGACGCCAGCCCCGCUGAGGAGCACGUGGAUGUGGUGGUUGGGCCCCUUCAGCUCCGAGGAGGGGAUGCUCCCAGUGGAAGCACUGGAAAAGAUGAAUAA